UACUUGGCAUUAAAGACGGCUGGCGGUGGAAGCUGCGGUAACCCGUUUCCAGAAUCUACUGCUCAGUUUUCUUGCCAACACCAAUGACCAUCAGCCCAUUCAGAGGACCCAGACUGUGAAGGCAUGAUUUGGAUCAGCUUGGUGGAGAAACGAGAGGAAAACCUGAAUCUUUGCCUAAACGGUGGAGGCCUGAACUGAGGCCUGAUCUGAACCUCCUUCUUCCAGCCCUCCUGCCAAUUUGUGAGCCUGGUUGGCAUCUUCUUUAACAAGAAAAACUCAAAGUGAAAGUGACCACUCUUGGAACCUGUGUUUGAACACCAUAAACUUAUUUGAAGCGUUAUUUGAGUCUUGAGGAAGUACACGACCAAACGUUUCCUGAAUACUUCUGUGUGACAACAUGGCGAAGAAAAACAGCCAGAAGGAUACGUCAGGGGUGGUGUUUGAUACUCGCUCAAAAAUGGCCAUGUCCCAGGGAGGAACAGCUGAGAGGAUGAAGGAGAAGAUCAGUGCCGUCAGGGCCGUCGUCCCAAACAAAAGUAACAAUGAGAUUGUACUGGUUUUGCAGCAUUUUGAGAACUGUGUUGAUAAGGCCGUUCAAGCUUUCUUAGAAGGCAGUGCAGUUGAGAUCCUGAAGGAGUGGAAUGUCACCGGCAAAAAGAAGCCCAAGAAGAAAAAGAAGCCCAAGCCUCAGCCAGAGGCUUCAGCAGAGCCUGCUCCACCUGAGGCCGCCUCACCUGAGGAGGGCAAGGAUGAGGUGAACGGCUUUCAUGCCAACGGAUCAGUAAUGGAUGGAGAGUCACUUGAUUCUCUGAGUGAGCAGUUGGACUCCGCCUCCCUGGAUGCAGCCGAGCUGGACUCAGAACCUGCUACAUCCGAAACCACCGGUGCAGAAGCAGAAAGUCAAGGUAGCGCUCCAAGUCCUCCCCUACAACAAGGAGGGAGGAAUCACCAGGGUCCCAGAGGCAACAAGAACCGACACAGGCCGGGCUCAAAUUCACAUCCACCCACUUCCACCUCAUUACCACCCACCACUGACGAGCAAGGAUCGUCAGGAGCCAAGAAGAUGGCUUCCAACAUUGACCGCUCUGUGAAGGACCUGCAGAGAUGCACCGCCUCGCUGACUCGCUACAGGAUGGUGGUCAAGGAGGAGAUGGACUCCUCAAUCAAGAGGAUGAAGCAGACAUUUGCUGAGCUCCAAAGCUGUUUAAUGGACAGAGAAGUGACUCUACUGGGAGAAAUGGACAAAGUGAAAGCAGAGUCCAUGAUGAAUCUGGACGCCCGGCAGAAGAGAGCGGAGGAGCUCAGACGGCUGACAGACCAGUCGGCGUCCAUGUCUGAGGAGCAGUUGACUGAACUGCGUGCAGACAUAAAGCACUUUGUGAGCGAGCGUAAAUAUGACGAGGACCUCGGAAAAGCUGUAAGAUUUACAUUUGAUCUUGAGCCGCUGAAGACGAGCAUCACAGGCUUUGGAUCAGUUUACCAUCCACGUACAGGCUAUUCAAAUCGGUCCCGCUGUAGCUCCACAUCCUCCUCUGUCACCAGCCCGAGCCUGCUGGAAACUCCUCCUCCCCCCCAGACCCAAAGCGCCCCCAGUGAAAACCGCCCUCCACCAAACAAACAGAUUUUCCAAGGUAACAGGCGCACUUUCCAGGGACAAGGGUAUCACUCGGGUCAGAGGUAUAACGGCGGUUCCUACCACGACAGGAACGCCGGUCGUGCUAACCACCGCUACCAGAGUGACGGCGGCUCCUCUGGUCCUUCACAGCACUCGCACAGCUCGAGAGGUCCCCACCAUUCCUCCACGUCCUCCUACAACCAAGACCGACCCUCUCAUAACGGGCUGCCCCAAAGGCUUCCUCGGACGCACUGCCCUUGACAUUGGAAAUCCCGUGCUCAAUCAAAACCCAUCUCCUAACCCUCGCACUCCCCUCCCCCAUAGCCUCCCUAUCCCCUCCGCAUCCUCCCCUCUACUAACUCCUCUCAAUGAAGAAUAGAAUACAAGUUUACAUAUUUCCGUCAGUUGAGCUGUAGUGCCACCUGUCCACAUCAACCCAUUCAUCCUUCAAACUUGAAAAGCUCUCACUGUUUUGUAAUCGCUCUUCCUUUUCCAUUUCUCUCAUCCUGUUAAGGUAACAGCUUCUAUCUUUAGGCCCCCUUCGAGAGAUCUCAUUGCUAUGCUUUCCUCAGUCCCUGCUAUUAUUUUUUGCAGUUAAGCUGUCUGCAAGAGACCGACAUGAUUUCCUGCAACAACUUGUGCACUAUUGAAGUUGAACUCUUAGUACUAUUUCUAUUUUUGCUGUGGCUUAUGUCAGCUCUCUGAUGUGCACCUCAGAUGUUUUUUUGUUUUUUUAGUUCUCGUCUCCCAGAACCAUUUCAAUGCCUUCACCAUGGAAAGCGUAGUGAAAGUGCAAAAGUAGUUCUAGCAGUAACAGAGAUUCUUGUCAUCAGGAGAGUAGACUUGCAAUCAACACUACAGACUAUCGUUAAUCUUUACAUGAAGGUAAAAACAUAUCAAACUGUAAUCCAGAGGUUUUCAUAUGGCUGCUAUAAACCAUAGGGAACAUGUUAACACUAGGACUAGGAUGUGUUUUAGAGUAACUGUGAACACAGAAGUUGCCCUCUUAAAGGAAGAGUUCGAUGUGGGGAUUGGCUCAUUUCCACUUGCAGAGAGUUGGAUAAGAUGAAGGAUGCCAGGCUCGUGUCUGUGUGCUAAAUUAAAUCUGUCAACAGCAGUCGGGAUGGGAAUUAAUGAGAUUUCAUUCAUACCAAUACUAUCCUCAAUUCUGCUUAUAGGUCCAAUUAUUGAUUCCUGAUGAGCACUACGUGAGGGGGAAAAAAGUAGGCCGACAGAUUUUCAGCGUCAAUGUACCGGUGACACUCGAUCACCCUUUCUUAGCUCAUUUUCCUUCCCUGUGCAGUAAGCAUGAAAGGGGGAGCUGAUGGACGAGUCAAACUGGCUGUAGCCUGAGAGCAGUCUCUCUGUCAUCAUCAUCUACAGUGGAUGAAAUGAAAGAAUGUUUGCUCAUAUAGGCUUCAUAGCCAAAGAAAAAAUUUGCUAAGCUUGCCUGCAUCCGCUGUUAUUAUAACAGGAUAUUUACCCUCUGUAUCAGACGUGCUGCUCAGUUGGGAAGUAGUGACACUCGUGUGGAGAGUGUCAAAUACAUGGCAUUCCUGGAUUUACCCAUGUUGCGUAGAAAGACGUUUCAGCAUGUUGCUGUUUUUUCCAGUUACUUGAAAUUAUAGUUUUUUGACAUUACAAGCAGCACCGUCGUCAUUUUUCUUUGUGAAAUGAAGUCACGCUUUGGACCGCUCUUCCUUUCCGCUAUGACUCCUUCUUGUUUCCAGCAGCGUAGGCGCAUGAGUUGACAUCAUUGUUUUGCACAACUGUCAGAAAAAUAUGCAGGCUUUGAUGAAAGGAAUUGAUGCACCCAGAGGCAUAUGAUUCCAGUGGCUCAGACUUCUCAAUUCCCAUCCCUAACCAACAGCCAGUUAGCUUAGCACAAAGACUGGAUUUGGAAACAGCUUUGAUUCCAGUUGUAAUGUCACAAAAUCAGCCUCACCAAAGUUCACUAAUUAACACUUUCUGUCUUGUUUGUGCAGUGGUUAGCACACAGUAAGAGGGUUCCUGGUUCAAACCCAGGGUGGGGGGUUCAAACCCUGUGGUGGGGAAGUUCUUCUGUGUGGAGUUUGCAUGUUCUCCCAGUCCUCCCGCUUCCUCCCACAGUCCAAAAACAUGCAGGUUAAUUUGUGACUCUGAGCAAAACUAGCUGCUCCCCUUGUUUCCAGUCUUCAUGCUAUGCUAAGCUAAUCGGCUGCUGGCUGUAGCUUCAUAUUUACCACACAGACAUGAGAGUAGUGUCAGUCUUCUCAUUCAACAAAGAGCAUUUCCCAAAAUGUCGAGCUUUUCCUUUUGACUAUUGCCUAAGGCAGUGAUGUAUCGCCCUCCCGCUGGCCAACGGUUAUCAUGUGCGCUGUUGUUGGCUCGCUGUCCAUUAUUUUAUAACAAAGAGAGGGCUCAUUAUCUUUUUGUAGAAUACUGUUAUAUGACAUGUUAAAACUCACGACAAAGGAAACUGUCCACAUGCUGUUCUAUAUUUACUCCUUGACGUUUAUUCAGAUGGAUUUUCUUGUGUUGUUGUGUUGUUAUAUGCACAUGGAUGGCAUAUUAAUGACGUGCUUGCCUUUAGUCACAGAGAGACUUCACACUUGCCUUUCUAGAGACAUGGAUGUCUGCAUCAUGACGGCUUUCUAAACAGACGAUACUUGUAGAGCGGAUGUGCGACUUACAAAUAUAUGUAUGAGAAUUAGAUCUUUUCUUCCCCUUUUUAUAUUCUCACUUUGUCCCGUCUGUGAACGUAAAACUGAUCAAACUGAUGAAUGCGUUGGAGGGUUGCAUUGAUAUCACAGAUUUUCUUUUUCUCCUACAGUCGCCAAGUAGACGCUUCACGGCUGUUUGUUGUUGGGGUUAAGUCUCAUCGUAGUGUCCACAGCUUGUGAACAAAAAGCUGGUGAAUACCUCAUCGCUGAUGUUUCGACGCAGCCCAUUGUCGAGUCGUUUUCUCGCAGUGGGCUCUCAUUUAAAGGGACAGGGACCCCCUGGUGAUUCCUCAUCUCUUCUUGUAGUUAUGUACAUACAGUAUGUGGAGCUGCAAGGCUGUAGUGUAAGACUGAUUGUUACAUAAUUGCUGCAUUUUCUUCAUAACGUGUCGUCUUCCUUUGAGCAGACUUUUGGAAAAACAAUGAAUUUAUAUUAUGUUGUAUCCCCCCUUUUUGUUUCCUCGUGGGUUUUCUGAUCAUAGGGAGAUUUUUCUUCUUAUUUGAGAUUUAAAAGAAAAUCUUUACUUCAGUUAUUAUAUUAGUUGAUAUUGUGGAGAGAGGAGUGUUGACUUGUUUGUAGUAUUUGGUUAAUUUGUGCUGUCAUCAGUAGGUUUCAACUAAAAUUAAUAGUUUGAUAUUUUUGGAAGUACACUUAUUCCCUUUCUUACAGUUUGAAAACACUUCUGAUGAAGCAAGAAACUUUUAUCUUUUUUGUGUCGCUUGUAAGAAGUCUAUUUUCCAACGUUGUUGGGGCUUGUUGUUGCACCUUGUGGUCACUAGGAGGGGAAAAACAUCAGCACUAUAAUCAGCCCGUUAUGGCUAGAAAACUUGAACAAGCAAAAAAAGGUGAGAUUUCUGCUCUAUUAGAAGUGUUUUCAAACAUUUUUUUCUAGUUUUACAGGACAAAGACUUCAACAAUGAAGAGUAACUGCUUGUUUUGGCAAAUGUAUACCUCACCGCCCCAUCUCAAAGAAGGGAACUGUCUCCGAUCAGACAGUCCUCAAUGCUGAUUUUCUUUUCAUACUAUGGCAAAGGCAUGACCAGACCUACACUGCCUCUGAUAAGCCGGUACACAUUGCCAUUGUUGGUUGGGUUUGUUAGGUUACGACAUGAGAAAUGAGAUUGGUCGUUGUAAGAAUAUCAGGGUAAGCUAAUCACAGGCAGAGAAGAAGAGAGUAAGACAGGUCAUGUCUUUGCCAUAGUAGGGGGGAAAAAUGCAUCCCAAACUGGGCUAGGAAACAGCUUUGUUUUCCGCUCAUGUUAGAAAAUACACCACCAGCACUUCUAAAGCUCAGUAAUUAAAAGUUUAAUUUUCAUUUGUUGCUCAAUUUAAAAAAAAAUCAGGCACAAAAAUGACAAUUUCCUGUUUACAAUAGGUUUUAUGUGUCAGAUUAUUUCUUGCCCACAAUCAGUAACCUCCCAGAAUAUCCUCUUUUUGCCAUAUAGUUUCUUACAUAACAACACUGUAAAUUAAAGAAGGACAUGACGAAAUACUACAGUUCAAGCAAGUUUAAUAUACAUGACAAUGGCAAGCUUUCCCACUUGUAAACACUGGAUAGUUGAGCUUCGCCUCCCCACAGUCUGCAGCAAGUUGUACUUGUGUUGCCUGACACCUGCUGAAAGCAGAGAAAUAGUCAGGCACAUAACCCCCAAUAAAACAGCAAAUUGUCAUUUUUAUACUUUUGAUAUUGUACAUAUUAAAGAAAAAUAUAUCACAUCUUAAUUUGUGAGCUUUAGAAGUGCUGGUAGGAAGAUUGUGUGACCUUUGGACAAAGCCAGGUGAGCUGUUCCCUGUUUCCAGUCUUAAGGCUAAAAUAAUUGGCUGGUGGCAGUUUCUUGACACAUGAUAUCUGUUCUCAUGUAACUCUGAGUAAGAAAGAGAAAAAAUGUAUUUCCAUAAAAACUAUUCAUUUAAUUCUUUCAGAGGUGGUAAUGUCGUAAUGUCAGAGAUUUUUACUGACUGGCGUUUUUGGGGCUGCAGUUUGAAUUGAUCAAAGCAGCAGGACAGAUGAUGAAACAGUUAUUCCAGCAUGUUUCUACUGUUAGAGGUGCUGGACUUGUUCAGUCGAGAUUCGGAGAGAGUAGAUUCUGUCUGCCUCACUUAAACCACUUUUUUUUUUUUUUACAUUCCAAACUGUAGGAAUAUUAGGUUAUCGCCAAAGAAAUAAUUUCGUCCUGUUUUAAAGUUGCUGCCUUUUUUUUCUUUCCUCGGCCUGUAAAGAAUUCCAAAGGGGAUAAUCCAACAGUUCACCUUUUCUUCGUCUUCUUCCCACCUACUUUAUUUUCUGAUUCCUUACUGUACAUACAUAUAUGUAGCUAUAUAAUUUUGUGCUCACAUGGGGCAUUUUGUAUGUGAUAUUCAUAUUAGGCAAAAUGGAGGUUAAAACAUCUAGGUCAUUCAUUCUUCCAGUAGACCAUGUGUCCUUCUCAAGACAACUUUUCUGAGACAACUGUAAACUCAAGUGCCUUUUCUCGUCUCCCACCAAUUCAUUGACAUCCCCUCCACCAGAGUACGGACCAAAGACAUCGACCGUCCCCGACACCCCUCUCCUCUCUUUCUCCCCAUUCACUGAAUUGCACACUUUUCAUUUACUACGAAUAAACAGUUUGCAAUACUGA